AUGACCAUUAAUUCCAUUCUAUAUAGGAAGUCUUCAGCAUGGUCAUCUAGCCAAGAAGGAAUACAGCCAUUUGUUACUCUGUUUCACUGGAAUCUUCCACAAGCCCUUGAAGAUGAUUAUGGUGGCUUCUUAAGUCCUCACAUCAAGUGGGACUAUGCCGCUCUUUGCUAUGAAAAAUUUGGAGAUCGUGUGAAGCACUGGGUGACAAUCAAUGACGCAUGGGCCUUCAGCAACAGCGACUAUGCCGAGGGAAACAAGGCCCCGGGACGAUGCUCCAAGUCGGUGGGAAACUGUAGUUCUGGAAAUUCAGGGACUGAACCAUAUAUUGUGACCCAUAACAUGCUUCUUGCUCAUGCUGCAGCAGUAAGGGAAUACAAGGAGAAGUACCAACUGAGAAUAACACUAGUCUCACAUUGGUUUCUUCCUUUCUCUAAAGACAAGUCUAAUAAAGAUGCUGCUCAACAAGCUCUUGAUUUCAUGUUUGGAUGGUUUCUGGAUCCAUUAACAUAUGGUGCGUACCCUCAAAGUAUCAGAACCUUAGUUGGUGAUCGGUUGCCACAAUUCUCUGAAGACCAAUCUCGCAUGCUAGAAGGGUCAUUCGAUUUCCUUGGAAUAAACUAUUAUACUUCCAAUUAUGUUGCUAAUCUCCCCUUCUCCAACAAUUUUACAAAAAGUUACACCACUGAUCAUCAUGUCAAGUGUACAACUAAGCGAAAUGGGAUGCCUAUUGGUCUGAAGGUAUGA